AUUUACCACAUUUGUCUACAUGUGUUAAUUUCUGAUUUCUCAGGACUUUUUGAUUUUUGAGCUCAGGUUUUUGCAGCAAGCAUGGCUUCUUCUGGGACUUUUCUUCUCUUGUAGAGAACGUCGGAACAGCUCUCCGCCUGCAUGCAAACUCAUUUCUCUCUCCGCCACUUCUCUCUCUUUCUCGCCUUCUUAAUUUUCUCCCUAUUGAAGGGCUGCAUUUCAUGCGAAAUUGGGGGUUUAGGGAUUCGUUCGCCGCUGUUAAUUAAAGGGUUUUUAGGAUUUAAUUUUAAGAGAAAGGGGGAUACAAACGAGGCAAUUGAAUGGUUGCUCAGAGAAUGAGAUCUCAAGGUGUUUGUAAUAAUCGCUCUGAGGAAACUCAAACCCAGACCCCAACCCAAACCCAAACCCAAACCCGUAUCCAUGACCCGAAAUCGAACCCGUUGGCUAGACAAGGUUCCUUGUACAGCCUCACUCUCGAUGAGGUGCAGAACCAAUUGGGAGAUUUGGGGAAACCCCUCAACAGCAUGAAUCUCGACGAGCUUCUCAAGACUGUGUGGACAGCCGAAACCAACAAUCACACAGCGGAAGGUGUCGACUACACACAGUCGCCACAUCAUCAGCCUGCACAAGUCUCGUUUCUGAAUCGACAAUCUCGAGAUCUGAGCAAAAAGACCGUCGAUGAAGUGUGGCAAGAUAUUCAGGAGGGGCAAAAAAGGGACAGCCUCGACCGUACAGUGACGCUCGGUGAAAUUACAUUGGAGGAUUUCUUGGUCAAGGCAGGGAUUGUCGCUGAGUCACCACUAGGAAAGAAGAACACGGGCUCGGUCGAUCCGAUUGGGCUGCCACCUCAGCAAGCGCAGCAGUGGAUGAAUUAUUCAAUCCCCUCAUUACAUCCUCCUCCACCUCAGCAGCUGCCUGUCUACAUGCCAGGUCAUCAACAGCAGCCAAUUCCUGUUAUGGAGAAUGUUUAUUCUGAAAACCAAAUGGGCUCAAUGUGUUCGUCACCUUUGAUGGGCACUCAAUCGGAUACUCAGAUGCCCAGACGAAAAAGAAUUGCUAGUGGUGAAAUAGUCGAAAAGACUGUUGAGAGGAGGCAGAAAAGGAUGAUCAAGAAUAGGGAAUCUGCAGCUAGGUCACGAGCGAGGAAGCAGGCCUACACUCACGAGCUGGAGAACAAGGUUUCACGCCUGGAGGAGGAGAAUGAAAGGCUCAAGAGACAACAGGAAUGGGAGAAGGUGUUGCCGAGUAUACCACCACCAGAGCCGAAGUAUCAACUUCGUAGAACGAGCUCAUCCCCUAUAUGAGGAUCGUGUAGAUUUUAUUGCGUUGUAUUCUUUUUUUUUUUUUUUUUUUUAAGUUAUGAGUAGCCAGUGUUAGUUUUUUUUAUUUCCCCUUCGACUUUUUAACUUUUUAAUAUCUGUUUGGUGUAGUGGUUGUAUGUACAUUUUUAUAGUACUAACCAACAUGGAAUUGUAUGGAAACUAUUUAUGGUGAUUUAGGUGAUAGUUGCCAUGAAAUUUUGCUAGCCUAUCUUUUUGUUUAUGUUGUUCUUGGUACUUAAUUAAUCCGAUGAGCAGACUAUAUAUGUAAUCGGUGGUAUUCGGUAGUCUGUGAAUUUGAAUUGGUAUAUUAAUAUAUAUUACUUGCCAUUUA